AUGGGCAUUAUUACUGCAAUAAAAGUUGUGGUUUCAAAUAAAAUAAGUAAAAUCUUUUAUGGUAUCAUUGGUUGGCCUGAAAUAGAUAUUCAAAAUGAUAAAGCCGUUGAAGCAGUUGGAAGAUUCAUGUUUAUCGGGAAGCUUUUGCUCGUCCAUCAACCUCAUCCAGAUGAAGAUCGUACAGUACCUCCGACCAAAGGACUUACUUACUUAUCCAUAACAAUUGAUCUUUUCGUCUUAACAAUCAUUAUUGAACUUUUAUGCGCCUUUUGUACGGAUAAUCGUAUAACUUUGGCUUAUUUGGGCGACGUAUUUGUUGGCAUGAAUAAUGAAUAUGCACUUCGAAUGCUAUGUCUUUGUGGUACUUUUUGUUUGGGCGCUACUAGAGCUGUAUCGUGUUACUUGGCACGAAAUGGAUCACUUGAUUGGACUAAAGUGAUUUAUAAAGCAAUGAUAAAUGGAUGGAAACCUGAAGUACUGAAUAUGAAGAGAGCAUAUUGUUUGAAAUGGAGGCAAACAUGUGUUUUCAUAGCACGACAAAUAGUUGGAACAUCAAUAAUCCUCACUUCGGUUUGGGUAACAUGUUUUGCCUAUUCGACAUACAAUUGUAAAACUCUUUAUUUGGCCCUAGAACGUCCCCUGAUCUUGACCUGCUUCAUGUUUCGCCAGAUAAUUACAUUUUUUGCGAUAAUUUUUGUUGUUCCACAAGUUGCCUGGUUCUGUUUCUUACUAGUUAUUUCAAUUACUUAUCUCAUUUAUAGAUCAAACUCCGUUUAUGUCGACUUACAGAAAUCAUUGCAAUUUGAAUCUUUGCCAGUUUCAGUUAUAACUAAAAUUUGCACCAAAAAUAUUUCUUUACUCAACGAAUUUGAAUUUAUAAAUCGGCAAAUGAGUUACGUUUCUUACUGUGGCUACAAUCUAAUCAGUUUUGCUGGACAAGUUGCUCUUCUUUACUCAUACCUUGGACUGUUCGGGAUGCCAUUAGCUGAUCUUGGUUUGGGCAUCAUUGGAUUCAAUACUGUAUUUCAAGUUGGUAUAGUUUCAUUUAUAGCAGCUAAAUCAGUGGCCAACGUUGGUUUCUCUUACUCUCAUUAUCAUAGAAUCUAUCAAAAUAAUUACAACAUUGAGCCAAGACUCAAACUAAAGUUGCUUUAUAACCUAGAUCGAUUGAGCAGCCCGUCUGUUGGUAUUUGGGUCGGGGAAUCAUUUUUGAUGGACAAAUACUCAUUCAUUCAGUAUCUUCUUGAAAUGUGUUCCAAUAUGAUGCUAAUAAUUGUUACAAUGCCAGCCUUAAUUUGGAGGGACACAUAAGAUACAGCAUCAACAUGUAUAAGUAUUCUUCAGUGGUAUUUAAAAGUUCUGUUGAGUCAUGAUGAGGCUGACGCAAAUGCAAAAAAGGCUUGCUUUAGCAGUAACACCAUAACUUAAGUCAAAGGCAAUGCAAUCAGUAUUUGUAAUGAACCUUAGUUCCUUGACCGUUCUUGAACAAUAAAAAUGUGCAGGCGUAAAAUAUUAUAAAAACAUUUUCUUGAUCUGCGCUGUUCCAUGUUCGAUAACUAACUGAAUCUUCUGUCAAGAAAUUUCAAAUUUUCACCAGACAUUUUUCAUACUCUUAUUUACAAAUCUACAAAAAACUGUUGAAAUAUUUUCAAUAUUUUAACGGCUA